GGGCGUAGGGACCAACGGCAGAGGGGACCGGGCAGUGGAUAUUGAGGCUGGUGUGAAGGAAAGCUUGAGGCCGACAACAGCAAGUGUGGAGGAGGAAUACUGGACCGAAGUUGUUCAUCGGGUUCUCUGACACCUCUGUCUUACUCACAGACGCAGUGUGGCUCAUUUACCCCGCGUCGUUCAGCGGUACAGCAGUAGUUGGCAUCUCGUCUGCUGCGGCCCUGCGUUCGACGCUGCUGGGCGAACAACUCAGAAUGUCUGUGGAGAAUGACAUGCGCGCCGAAGAACACGAGAUUUCAAAUCCGGUUGAAGAGUGCAAAAAGUGGCAGAAAAAGUACUACCGGUGCGUGAAGAAGUUCGGGCGUGGGUACAUGCGGGGAGAGGCGAGGUCGGAGGAGAGAGACGACUGCCUGGAACGCUUCGACGACUUCCAGAAGUGUGUCCUGGAUGCCGCACGAAAAAUGCAGGAGCAGCGCAGCGCGCGCAAGGGCUGGUGGUGAAAACCUGGGGGAGGAUGGACGUUGGCGGUGCGGUGACGCGCGGAAACAUGCUGCAAAAUUGCAAAUUGAUUAUAAAGCACACAGCAGUAUAGGAUUCGGCUGGGGGAACCGGGGUUGGGUGGGGCACCAAAGUUUUUUAGGACCUAGAAAUGUCCGCUCGCGUUGCCGCUGCGACUGGAGAAUGUUGGCUUUUGGGAUAUACGGCCAAGGCAUGGAGGAGAUAUUUACGGGUAUAUCUCCUUCGGGCGCUCCUCGGUCAGU